GCCAGACUGGGACAGCAGCAGCAGCAGCAGCAGCACUUCAGACGGUGCUGUCUAAGACCAUGAAGCCCAAGAAAACUGACUACCUUCUCAUCUUCUACCUCAGUUCCUCACUGCUCAUCUGCAUAAAGAAUUCAUUUUGCAAUAAAAACCAUACUGGGUGCCUCUCAAAUUCUUGCCAAAACAGUUCUAUGUGCAAGGGUUUUCCACAAGACAAUUGCUGUUCAGACAUAGACAAUAAUUUGGACAAAGACUGUGAAUAUGUGAAAGACCCUUGCUUCUCCAGUCCCUGCCAAGGAAAUGCCACUUGUGUGAGUACUCCAGGAGAAAGGGGCUUCCUGUGCCAAUGUCCUCCUGAGUACAGUGGACUGACCUGUGAAACUGCCAAUGAUUCCUGUGGAGAGAACGCCUGCCAACAUGGAGGCACUUGCCAUAAAGACCCUGAGCACUCUGUCUGUGUUUGCCCUGCUGGAUACACUGGGAGGUUCUGUGAGACAGAUCAUGAGUGUGCUUCCAGCCCUUGCCACAAUGGGGCUGUGUGCCAGGAUGGAGUCAAUGGCUACUCCUGCUUCUGUGUGCCUGGAUACCAAGGCCGGCAUUGUGAUUUGGAAGUAGAUGAAUGUGUUUCUGAUCCCUGCAUGAAUGAGGCUGUGUGCCUCAAUGAGAUAGGGAGAUACACUUGUGUCUGCCCUCAAGAGUAUUCUGGUGUAAACUGUGAGUUGGAAAUUGAUGAAUGUGGUUCCCAGCCCUGUCUACAUGGUGCCACGUGUCGGGAUGCUCUCGGGGCUUACUCCUGUGACUGUGCACCUGGAUUCCUUGGAGAUCACUGUGAAUUCAACUUUGAUGAAUGUGCCAGUCAGCCGUGUCUCCAUGGAGGUCUGUGCAUGGAUGGAGGAAACAGCUACCAUUGUGACUGCACAGGUAGUGGAUUCACCGGGAUGCAUUGUGAGACCUUGAUGCCUCUUUGUUGGUCAAAGCCAUGUCACAAUAAUGCUACCUGUGAAGACACUGUUGAGAGCUACAUCUGUCACUGCUGGCCUGGAUACACAGGUGCCCUGUGUGAGAUGGACAUAAAUGAAUGCAGUAGCAACCCCUGCCAAUUUGGGGGUGAAUGUGCCGAACUGUCCUCAGAGGAUUUAUAUGGACACAUUGCUGGCCUGCCUUCCUCCUUCAGCUACCUUGGAGCCUCAGGCUAUGUUUGUAUCUGUCAGCCUGGAUUCACAGGAAUCCACUGCGAGGAAGACAUUGAUGAAUGUCUACCAAACCCUUGCCAAAAUGGUGGUACUUGUGAGAACCAGCCUGGAAAUUAUACCUGCCAUUGCCCCUUGGAUGACAUUUCUGGGACAUUUUAUGGAGGAGAAAACUGUUCUCAAGUUCUCCUGGGCUGCAGUCAUCACCACUGUCUCAAUAAUGGACAAUGCAUCCCUCACUUUGAAAAUGGCCAGCAUGGAUUCACUUGCCAAUGUCCUUCUGGCUAUGCUGGGUCACUGUGUGGAACUGACACCACACUUUCCUUUGAGGGCAACGGCUUCCUGUGUGUCACAAGUGGCUCACAUACAACCAUACAGUCAGCUUGUAACAUAUCCUUGAGGUUUCAGACUGUUCAACUAAACACACUUCUCCUUUUCCGAGGCAACAGGGAUAUGUCUAUGAAGCUGGAGUUGCUAAACGGUUGUGUUCACUUAUCAAUCCAAGUCCAGAAUCAGUCAAAGGUGCUUCUAUAUAUUUCCCAAAACACUAGUGAUGGAGAAUGGCAUUUGGUGGAGGUAACAUUUGCAGAAAUUACAACCCUUACCCUGAUUGGCAGCUCCUGCAAGGGGAAAUGCACCACCAAGACUUCUUUUCCAGUUGAGAAUCAUCCGUCAAUAUGUGCUUCUCAGAACUCUUUUUUGGGAGGUUUACCAGUGGGAACAACCAGCAACAAUGUGUCUGUGCUUAACAUCUACAAUGUGCCGUCCACACCUUCCUUUGUAGGCUGUCUCCAAGAUAUUAAAUUUGAUUCGAACCACAUCACUCUGGAGAACAUUUCAUCUAGCUUGUCACUAAACGUCAAAGCAGGCUGCAUGAGAAAGGACUGGUGUGAACAUCAACCUUGUCAAAACAGAGGGCGCUGCAUCAACUUGUGGCAGGGUUAUCAGUGUGAAUGUGACAGGCCCUAUGCAGGCUCCAACUGCCUGAAAGAGUAUGUAGCAGGCAGAUUCGGCCAGGAUGACUCCCCUGGAUAUGCCAUCUUUAAUGUUGAUGAGAAUUAUGGACAGAACAUGAGUCUCUCCAUGUUUGUCAGAACACGCCACCCAUCGGGCUUACUUCUGGCUUUGGAAAACAGUACUUACCAGUAUGUCCUUGUCUGGUUAGAGAAUGGAAGCUUGGCACUACAAACUCCAGGCCCUCUCAAGUUAGUAUUCAAUUUUUUUCUGAGCGAUGGAAAUGCCCAUUUAAUAUCUUUGAAAAUCAAACCAAAUGAAAUUGAAAUAUAUGAGUCUUCACAAAACCUAGGAUUCGUUUCUGUUCCUGCAUGGACAAUUAAAAGAAGAGAUGUCAUCUUCAUUGGUGGCCUACCUGACAGACAAAAGACUGAAGUGUAUGGUGGCUUCUUCAAAGGCUGUAUUCAAGAUGUAAGAUUAAACAACCAAAAUCUGGAAUUCUUCCCCAAUUCAACAAGCAAUGGAUACCGUGACCCAGUUCUUGUCAAUGUGACUCAAGGUUGUCCUGGAGAUAACAUCUGUAAGUCCAACCCCUGUCAUAAUGGAGGUGUCUGCUAUUCCCUGUGGGAUGACUUCUCCUGUUCCUGCCCUACAAAUACGACGGGGAAAGCCUGCGAGGAAGUUCAGUGGUGUCAACUCAGCCCAUGUCCUCCCAAUGCACAGUGCCAGCUGGUCCCUCAAGGGUUUGAAUGUAUUGCAAAUGCUGUUUUCAGUGGAUUUAGAAGAGAAAUAUUGUUCAGAAGCAAUGGGAAUAUUACCAGAGAACUCACCAAUGUCACAUUUGGUUUCAGAACACAUGAUACAAAUGUAAUGAUAUUGCAUGCAGAAAAAGAGCCUGAGUUCCUUAAUAUUAGCAUUCAAGACUCCAGAUUAUUAUUUCAAUUGCGAAGUGGCAACAACAGCUUUUAUACACUGCAUCUGAUGAGUUUGCAGUUGGUGAAUGAUGGCACAUGGCACCGAGUGACUUUUUCCAUGAUAGACCCACUGGCCCAUACCUCCCAGUGGCAGAUGGAGGUGGACCACCAAACACCUCUUGUGACCAGCACAAUUGCUACUGGAAGCCUAAAUUUUUUGAAGGACAAUACAGACAUCUAUGUGGGUGACCAAGCUAUUGACAAUACGAAAGGCCUGCGGGGCUGUCUGAGCACAGUAGAAAUUGGAGGCAUCUAUCUAUCUUACUUUGAUAAUCUUCACGGUUUCAUUGCUAAGCCUCAGGAAGAGCAGUUUCUCAAAGUCUCUACAAACGCAGUCCUCACUGGCUGCUUGCCAUUAAAUGCCUGCCAAUCCAGCCCCUGCCUGCAUGGAGGAAGCUGCCGAGACAGCUAUAACUCUUAUCAGUGUUCCUGUCUCUUGGGAUGGUCAGGAACACACUGUGAAAUCAACAUUGAUGAAUGCUUUUCUAACCCCUGUAUCCAUGGCAACUGCUCUGAUGGGGUCGCUGCCUACCACUGCAGGUGUGAGCCUGGAUACACCGGUGUGAACUGUGAAGUGGAUACAGACAAUUGCAAGAGGCAUCAGUGUGCAAACGGAGCCACUUGCGUCAGUGGGACUCAUGGCUAUUUUUGCCUCUGUUCGGGAAAUUUUACAGGGAGAUUUUGCAGACACAGCAGAUUGCCCCCGACAGUCUGUGGGAACAAGGAGAAAAAUCUGACUUGCUAUAAUGGAGGCAACUGUACUGAGGUCCAGGAGGACUGGAAAUGUAUGUGCCAGCCAGGUUUCACUGGAGAGCGGUGUGAAGAGGACAUCAAUGAGUGUGCUUCUGAUCCCUGCCUCCAUGGAGGCCUGUGCAGAGACUUGGUCAACAGAUUCGAGUGCAUCUGUGACGUGGCCUUUACGGGCGAGCGCUGUGAACUGGACCUGGCUGAGGACUGGCUCGUGGGCAUUUUCACUGCCCUUGGCUCAGGGACCUUGGCCCUGUUGUUCCUCCUCUUGCUUGUGGUUGUUGCUUCCCUUAUCUCCUCCAACAAAAGGGCAACUCAAGGAACCUACAGCCCCAGCCGUCAGGAGAAGACUGGCCCUCGAGUAGAAAUGUGGAGCAGGAUGCCGCCCCCAGCCCUGGAAAGACUCAUCUAA